CACUUUUUAUCAUCUUAUCUGUGUAUUUUUCUUUCUCGGAUUUUAUACAACUUUCUGCCCAUCUUUGGUUUUCACUAUUUGUUUGCGGAUUUUUACACUCGAUCUCUAUACUUCUUAGCUUCGUACCCAGAUUUAAUCUGUUUUCAAUUUUAGAAUCAUCAUUUCGAUUCGAGUUGGUGUUUAAAUGGAAUUCUCAUUGAUUUCCGAUGAAAAUUCCAUCACAAACGACGCCCAUCGAUGUCCUGUUAACGAUGAUGCGUCUUAUAUACCCAAAAAUCAUCUUAACUUUUUCAGUAAUAAUCUAGGUCAAUAUCUUCUCUUACUCGAUGGUCUUUUUCACCAGAUCUGACCGAUAUCUCUAAUCAGAACCACCACCAAAAUCUUAUACCUUUGAUCCCAAUUUAUGAUUCUCAAAAUCAAAAUUUGGUUACUAAUCAAAACCAUUUGGUUUACAACUCUUCCUCAUAUGAAAUUCCAUCAAACUACCCAUUCAUGAGUAUCACAUCCUACUCAAAUACUGAUCCCUUUGAGCAAUCUAUGAAUAACAUAGCCAACAACAAAAAAAUCGAUAUAAUCGAUAAUAGCCCAAUUUUUGCAAACCCUAAAGGUAUGUUCGAAAAUUUUAAUGAUUUGUGGGGAAAUACUAUAGGGGAUGAAAUUGUACACAAUGAGGAGCUUAUUAAUAAGGAUUAUGAGCCAGCUCUUGAUCAGAUGAUGGGUGAACCUCAAUCAUUUGAUGUGCCAGUGCCAAAAGGUAUCAAAAACACAACCAAAGAAAUCAUGAAUCAACGUGAAGAUGGUAAGAUGAAAAAAACUUAUCAAAAGAAGAAAAAAAAGGCGGUGAGCACAAGCAAAUAUUUGAAGAACAGUGACAUCAUCAAAGUAAAAUGGACAGAAUCUGAGGACAUAAAAUUGAAAGAGCUAAUGGCGCUUGGGCUCCAAAAAUGGACAACGAUCGCAAAAAAGUUUGAAGGACGAACAGGAAAACAAUGCAGAGAGAGGUGGCAUAACCAUGCUGGUCCUGACAUUAAGAAAACUAAAUGGAGUGAAGAAGAAGAACAAAUAUUGAUUGAAGAACACAAAGUAGUUGGUACCCAAUGGAUCAAGAUCGCACAGAAACUUCCGGGGAGGAGCUAUAACAAUGUUAAGAACCAUUGGAACAGCACAAAGCGUAAGGUGCAAAAUCAAAGUGGUGGAACUGUCAAACCUGUCGGCAAUAACAUCCUUGAAAACUACAUAAGGUAUGUCACAAUCAACAACGAUGAUUUUCUCAAGACCGCUGAAUCCGAUGGUGAAACAACAAACAGUGAGAAUGAUGAUGACUCUAUAGAUAUGUUAUAUGGGGAGAUGAAUUUGAGUCUGGAGGCUACAGCGGAGACCACCAAACCAUUGACCGAUGCUUCUACAAUAUUACCUUAUAUUCCGAUGCCAGAAGAGAAUUCUACUGUGGAGGUUUGUAAAACAAUGGAGGACAUACUGGAGCUGCUCAGUUGGUGGGAAUAAUUUCCAGUGAAGGAAAUUUCUUU